AUGGGCUGUAACAUUUCUGCUUUACGCGAAUAUAGGAAUACUCGGAAAGCAAUAAAAGCCGCAAAAAUCAUCCAGAAAUGGUACCGAAGAUACAGCAUUCAGUUGAGGAUCAGAGAGUAUUGUGCUCUUAGCAUCUUUGCGUGUCUGGAAUACACUGAUGAAGACAGUCAAGUGCAGCUGUCCGACUUUUUAACCUGCAUGUUGGAACACUAUGCAAACUAUUAUGGGGAAAACCCAGCCAUUCUGACAGAUGUAGUAAGUCGACUUUUGGGUGGCAACCUUCAGGACAAGGAUGAAGAAGACUAUGUGAAGAUGAUAGAUGUCCCAGACUCCUACGAUGGUCCUCGGCUGCAGUUUCCGCUUACUUCCACUGAUAUUGACUUACUUACUGACGCCUUCAGGAAAGAAAAGGAACAUGGAAGAAAAAUCUUGAAAGUCUUAGAAGAAGUGUAUGCCUGGCUUCCAAUUGGUGCAAUAGUUGAUAGUGAAAUUCUGGUCCUACAUGGUGGGAUAUCAGAGUCAACAGACUUGAAUUUUCUCAGCCGUUUAGAACGAAGCAAAAUUAAAUCUGUGCUGAUGCCACCAAUUCCAUCAGGUAGAGAGGUUACCAUUGACUUUUGGAAAAAUAGAGCAUGUGGCAGAACAAGCAAGCCAGAAAUGUCAAUUGCUGACCAGUUACUACUGCGUGAGUGGCAACAGGUUAUCGAUAUUCUGUGGAGUGAUCCCAGAGAUCAAAAGGGGUGUUAUCCAAACAAAAAUCGAGGAAGAGGCUGCUAUUUUGGACCAGACGUUAGCAUCAGUUUUCUUCGUAACUGUUCUAAGAAGUACCUUGUUAGGUCUCAUGAAUAUAAGCCCGCUGGUUAUGAGAUGGGCCAUAGAGGCAAGGUUAUUACUGUAUUUUCGGCAUCUAAUUAUCAUGAAGAAGGCAGCAAUCCAGGAGUUUACCUCAGACUGGGUCGUUGUAAACCACCUAGACUUAUUCAUUAUCGAGUAACACGCCGACAGGCUCUUUCUCAAAGGUUGAACGUUCUUGAAAGUAGUGCCAUCAGGAUAUUAAAAGAGAGCUUGAUAGCACGAAAAACUGACCUUGUUCGUUCUUUUAAACUUCAUGACCGCAAUGCAACAGGAAGAAUUUCUUUGGGACAGUGGGCUUUUUCCAUGAAGACCGUUAUGGGCCUGAACUUACCAUGGAGAUUGAUGAGUGUGCGUUUGAUCAACACAGACGACAAUGGAAAUGUUGACUACAUGUCCAUCUUCCAGGAUGUCCAGAUUGAAAAUCCUGUGCAAAAGGUUCAUUCUACCAUAAUUGAGACUGUCUACAGGUACCGCUUUGACCUGCACAUCAUAUUUGAUGUCAUUGACACUGAUCACUCAGGCUUUAUCUCCGUGGACCAAUUCCGUGCCAUGUGGAAACUUUUCAAAACUCACUGUGGUGUUCGUGUUGAUGAUUCUCAAGUUGAUGAGCUCACCAGCAAAAUGGACUUAAACAAAGAUGGAAGCAUUGAUUUUAAGGAGUUUUUAAAGGCUUUCUAUGUAGUGCAUAAAUGUGAUACAUUGCCCACAUCAGAAAACGUGGCUCUUUCCCAAGAUUGA